GACAGAUGGAGGAGGUGGCCGACCCACCCGCGCUCGGCGGCGGGAUGCAAGCUGAGCAGCCCUCGGGGCCCCUGGAGCCGCCGCCCUCGCCGCCGCCGCCCGCGGCCCCGGAGACCCCCGAGUCCCCCGAGCCCAAGCAGCCGUCCGAGGCCUACGCCCGGCAGCUGCUGCUGGAGGAGUGGGGGCCGCCGGGCUGGAGCCUGGAGCUGCCCCCGCGCCUCAGCUGGAAGCUGCUCUUGCUGCGCCGCCCGCUCUACCGCAACCUGCUGCGCUCGCCCAACCCCGAAGGCAUCAACAUCUAUGAACCAGCACCCCCUACCAGUCCCACCCAGCAACCCCUGGAGACCCUGGGUAAUUUCACCGGGUGGUACAUUAGAACCGAAAAGCUCCAGCGGGACCGCAGCUGGACGGUGAAGCAGCAGUGUGUGAACCUUCUGGCCCAGGGCCUGUGGGAGGAGCUCCUUGAUGAUGAGCAGCCAGAUAUUACCAUCAUGGACUGGUUCGAGGACAGCCGGCUAGACGCCUGUGUCUACGAGCUGCACGUCUGGCUGCUGGCAGCCGACCGUCGCACCGUUAUCGCACAGCACCACGCUGCCCCCCAGACCUCUGGGAGAGGCCCCCCUGGCCGCUGGGUCCAGGUGUCCCACGUAUUCCGCCACUAUGGCCCCGGUGUGCGCUUUGUCCACUUCCUGCACAAGACCAAGAACCGGAUUGAGCCCGGCGGGCUGCGGCGGACCAGAGUGACCGACUCCUCCGUGUCUGUGCAGCUGAGGGAGUGACUGACGGGCUCCGUCUUGCUGACCCUUGUCACGUUUACCCAUCCCUCAGCACCCCUGACCCUCAGCUCCUCCCUGAGCCUUUAGCCCUUCCCUGACCCUUAGCACCUCCCUAAACUUUAGCUCCUCCCUGUUCCAUUAGCUCCUCCCUGGUCCCUUAAUACCUUCGUGACCCAUCAGCCCCUCCUUGGUGGCUCACCACCUCCUAGGCCCCUCAGUUCUGCCUGGGCCCUUGGCUUCUCACUUGACAUCUUUGCACACAUUCUAGAAUGGCUGACCCUUUGGCAUUUCCCCUGAACUCUGAGCGACAUGAGGGCAGGGGCCUCAUCUUCCCGAUGUAUUGCUUAUUGCUUGUCAGAGAGCCCGGCAUUCUCUGUAGAGCUCAUUCAGUUCAUGUCCCAUUGGCACAUUCCCCUAAUCCUUGAUCCUCUAGCACCUCUCCCAAUCCCUGACCCUUUCCCACUGCCCUUGACCUCUGAUCUCGUCACACAUCCCCAAUUUGUGACCCCUUAGUAACUCUCAGAAUCUCCCUGAGUUCCCUUCUCCUUCCAACUCCGAGUUGUCAUCCCUCCAGAGCUGUCCCCACACCUCUCCACCCCCCCAGGACCCCUCAUUUAUCUUCAUCUGCCCCUGAACCCCCAAACCCAGAUAUCCAUCAAGGGCCUUCAUCCAUGGGGGUGGGGAUUUUGGGGGGGCAGAUU